AUGGAUUUACCAGAUAUGAAUGAAUCUGCAUGUAAACAUUUUGAUGAACAGAUCAGAUUAUAUGGAAAUCAAUUAAUAGUUAAUCUUGUUAACAAGAAAGGAUAUGAAUAUCCAGUUGGUGCAGCAUACCAAAAAGUUGUUACUGGUUUAAAUAAUCCUAGAAUAAAAUAUUAUCAUUUUGAUUUUCAUCAUGAAUGUCGAAAUAUGAGAUGGGAUAGGAUCCAACUUUUGAUUGAAAGCAUGGAAGAGGAUUUAUUACAACAAGGAUAUUUUCAUGGAGAGGAAACAAAUUCAACUAUAUCAGUUUAUAAAAAUCAAACAUCCGUUAUUCGUACCAAUUGUAUGGAUUGUCUUGAUCGUACGAAUGUUGUUCAAUCAACUUUUGCCAAAUGGAUGCUAACUCAACAAUUACGUGAGUUAGGAGUAUUGAGUAGUAAACAAAUCUAA